UUGGUUGACAGUGUACCUAAACAAGAACAAUUGUUAGAAACUAAGAUACCAAAUGGCGUGACUCGAAAUCCAGAUUCUCCAGCACAUCCUGACACACACCUGGAAAUUCACAGAAAAAUGGCUGUUACACCCUUGGACAUGAACCGCUUUCAGAGUAAGGCUUUCCAUGCUGUCAUCUCGCAGCACAGUAGGCAGUACUCUGCCUCUCCAACAGUAGGACAGCCGCCUAAGAAGGAGCCCUCCUUACACCUGGAUACACCAUCAAAGUUUCUGUCCAAGGACAAGCUUUUCAAGCCGUCCUUUGAUGUGACGGAUGCACUUGCAGCCUUGGAAACCCCAGAUGCUGCCAGCCAGAAGAAGAAACUAAGCUCACCACUCUCAGAAGUCAUUGUCAGGAACUUGAAAGUUGCUUUGGCUAAUAGUUCUCGAAACCCUGGCAGUCUUUCCACCAGCCCCCAGCUGAAGGGUGCUCAUUUGGAGGAGGAAGAGGCUCCAAAACCACUUGACAAAGUUGUGGUGUGUGUGAGUAAAAAGCUUAGUAAGAAGCAGAGUGAGCUAAAUGGGAUCGCAGCCUCUCUGGGAGCAGAGUACAGGUGGAGUUUUGAUGAGACGGUAACUCAUUUCCUUUAUCAGGGUCGGGCAAAUGAUAGUAAUCGAGAAUACAAAUCUGCGAAAGAAAGAGGGGUGCACAUUGUUUCCGAGCAUUGGCUUUUAGAGUGUGCUCAAGAGUAUAAGCGUCUUCCUGAAUCUCUUUAUCCACACACUUACAACCCCAAGAUGAGCCUGGAUAUCAGUACAGUGCAAGAUGGCCGGCUCUGUAACAGCCGGUCACCCUCAGCAGUUUCUGCAUCUAAGGACAAUGAGCCAGAUCAUUUGUCUGUAGAAGAAAAUGUGACAAACAAUAUGGUCAUGAAUAACAAAGAAUUGGGACUAUUGAAUGGGAAUGGAAGAAAUGAUUGUGAAGGAGCUCUAACACAGGCCUUGGAGAUGAGAGAAAAUUUUCAGAAGCAGCUGCAAGAGAUCAUGUCAGCCACUUCUAUUGUGAAGACACAGGCGCAGAGGACUUGCCUGUCGAGAAGCAGUUGUAACAGUACUUCUUCAACUCCUGACAGCGCUCGCUCUGCUCGGAGUGGACGAAGCCGAGUCCUGGAGGCACUCAGGCAGUCUCGACAGGCAGUGCCUGAUAACAACACAGAGCCCUCCCAAAAUGAGCAGAUCAUUUGGGAUGACCCGACAGCAAGGGAGGAAAGAGCAAGGCUCGCCAGCAACUUACAGUGGCCGAGCUACUCCACACAGUUUUCUGAGCUUCAGGUUGAAGCUAAAAAACUAGAUGAUUCUCCUGGAAAGCCUGUAGACCAUUCGGACAUUGCUGAGCAAGCCUUGUGUGUGACUGAAGCGCCAGGGCACCCAGGCUCUGAAGAACCAGAAACUCCAGCAGCAGAUAGACAUCUGAUUUCCAGGCCUCAAGCUCCCAGUGUGGCUUUCCCCCUGGCCAAGCCACCUGUGGCUCCACAACCUAUGGACAAGAUUGAAACACUGGAGGAGACUCAUGAAAAACUUGAAAAACAGUAUGUGUUCCAGAUGUCAUCUCUGAAUUCUCAAGAGCGGAUUGAAUACUGUCACCUGAUUAAAAACCUAGGUGGGUCGGUGAUCGAGAAGCAGUGCUCAGACCCCAGCUGCACACACAUGGUUGUGGGCUACCCACUGCGCAAUGAGAAGUACUUAGCCUCCAUGGCAGCUGGCAAGUGGGUGCUUCAUCGCUCCUACCUGGACGCUUGCAGGACAGCUGGGCACUUUGUGCAGGAAGAAGAUUAUGAAUGGGGAAGUAGCUCCAUACUUGCUGCUCUCACUGAUGUCACUGAGCACCAGCAAAAACUAGCACUUGGAGCAAUGAGAUGGAGGAAAAGAAUCCAGCAAAGAAAAGAAUCGGGCAUUGUUGAGGGAGCAUUUAGUGGCUGGAAGGUUAUUUUACGUGUUGACAGGCACCGAGAAGCUGGGUUCAAGCGCCUUCUUCAAGCAGGAGGAGCAAAGGUGUUACCUGGUCAUCCUUUACCUUUAUUUAAAGAUGCUACACAUCUCUUUUGUGACUUCAAUAAACUAAAACCUGAUGACUGCAGAGUUUUCAUAACAGAGGCUGCUGCCCAGAACAUGGCCUGCUUGAAAACAGAAUAUAUCGCUGAUUAUCUCGUGCUGGAAUCCCCUCCUUGUGUGGAUAACUACCGACUGUCAGAAGCUGCUUUAUUCCAGAAUAAGGAAGCUGGGCUUGGAUUACCCCAGAAGAGGAAAACUCCCACAGAGAACGGUGUCAAACGGCCUCGGAUGCACUGAUGUACUAUUGCCACCAAACAGCAAAUGUUUUCUAGUUCAGAGAUGGCUAUGGGUUGGCGACAGUGCGCUUGUCCCUGGGUUUGAUUCCCCAGCAAUGCAAAACAAGAAUUUCAGCUACAACCUAAAUGCUGCUGUGAUAGGUUUGUGUAGCAGUUUAAAGGCAUGCAUCUGAACUGGUCCUGUGAACUUGAUGCCUUUAACACCUGAAUUUGAAUCACUGAAUAUUGACUGUUCCUAAUAAAAGAAACUUCAAACUAGCUUGUUGGGAGACAUUGGGUACAUAAGGACUUGGUUUUUCUUGUAAAUAUCUGAGGCUGUAGUUUUAACGGGACAUAGAUUUUGUUUCAAAAUGUCUUAGUUCAUAAAAGCAAGUUAUCAAUUGGGGUUAGUCCAUGUUUUCCUGAUUUUUAUAUAUAUAUAUAAAUAUUCUUGCCAUUUAGCCUCUUAACAGCCUAAGCACAGGGUUUAAUAAUGAAGCCAGGGCUUUAAACUAAAAAUGUAUAUAUAUGUAAAUGUGUGUAUGUAUAAACUUACAUGAUUUGCCAACUGUGGGUACCAAAACGUAGAAAAUGAGAUAAAGAUUAAAAAAUAUCAGCUCAAACUGA